AUGGAACGUAAAUUAGAACGUCAACGUGCUACCCGUGAAUUUAUUGUUGAAUUUAAACGUAAACGCGAAGAAUGGAAAACUAUGGAACGUCAACGUAUGGAAGAAGAAAAUCGCCGUAUAAAAGAAUACGCGAAAACUCAAGAACAACGAGAAGAAAUAGCAAAAGCUGAGAAACGUGCUCGAGAACAAGCCUUAGAUAGAGUUCAACAUACAUUAGCUGAACAAAUAAAACGUGAUCGGGAAGAACGUGAAGAACAAGAAUUAGUACGACAAGAACUAUAUUUGGAAGAACAAGAACAAGCUAUGCGAAGACGUGAACGUGAUGAAAUGGAAGCACGUAUAAAACAACGUCUUGAAUUACAACGUGAACGUGAUGAACAAAUACAGUUUAAACGUUUACGUGAUGUUGAAAUUAAACAAGAAGAAGACAAAUUUCGACAACAAUUAAUGGCGAAAUUUGCUGAAGAUGAUCGUAUUGAACAAAUGAAUGCUCAAAAACGUCGUAUGAAACAAAUCGAACAUAAAAGAGCUGUUGAUGCUUUACUUGAUGAACGUCGACGUCAAAUGACAAUUGAUAAACAACGUGAUGUUGAUGAACGUAUUGAAGCUGAACGUAUUGAACAAAUGCGAAAACAAAUUAUUGAAGAAGAACGUAUUAAAUUACUUCGUGAACAUGCACAUCGUUUAUUAGGAUAUUUACCAAAGGGUGUUAUUCGAGAUGAAAAAGAUCUUGAUCAUCUUGGAAAUGAUUUUAAAAAUGAAUUCAAACGACGACAAGUCAAUAUGCAACAUCCAGGUGGAUGGGACAAUUUAUAA